AUGGAUGAGCCAUUGAAACUGUUGACUUUCGAUGGUGGGGGGAUCCGGGGCGUUUCCAUGCUUCUCAUAUUGGACGAAAUCAUGAAACGCAUACAACACGAUCAGGGUCUUACAAAUCUACCCCGGCCCUGCGAUUAUUUCCAUAUCAUCGGAGGUACAAGUACAGGCGGCCUUAUUUCCUUGAUGCUGGGUCGCUUGCAAAUGACGACAAAAGACGCAUUGAGAGCAUACAAUGGAAUCGCAGGAGCAGUUUUUUGUAAAGCGAAUCAAAAGUGGUCCUUCCAGGAUGGAGCCUUCAAAGCAACAACGUUGGAGAAACGAAUCCAAGACUUGGUGGCAGCAAAAGAGCUAGGGGAUUACAUACUGCGGGAGAAUGGCGAAGCCAAGUUCGCAAAGACUUUUGUGUGCGCAGUCCCAGCAGCAAAUAUGGCUCACCCACGGCUGUUCAGAUCAUACCUUGUGCGGGAAAACGCGAGCACCAACUGCAAGAUCUGGGAAGCCGCGCGAGCGACCACAGCCGCACCAACCUUCUUCAAACGGAUGACGAUUGUGGACGAUGGGGGAGCGCAGGAGGACUUUUUGGACGGCGGACUGUUGCUCAACAAUCCUGUGCAGCUGGCGCUUGGUGAAGCUUUGACGGUCUUUGGAGGCGCGUCGAAGCUUGGGUGUCUGAUCAGCAUUGGCACCGGUCAUCCUGGUACGAUCGGUCUAUCUCAGCCAGACGCCUUUCAAAGAAUACUCCCUACAGACAUGGUUGGAGUACUCAAAGGGAUUGCAACAGACUGUGAACAAACCGCUCAUGAAAUGGCAGAACGGUUUCGGCAAUCCCCGAACCGUUAUUUUCGGUUCAACGUGAAUCAUGGCGUCGGCAAUAUCUCCCUAGAAGAAUGGAAGAAAAUGAAUGAAGUACAAGUUCAUACCAAAGCCUAUAUGCAAGAUGUGGUGGUCUCGAGCUCCAUCAACAAAGUGGUAGAAAUCAUUUGUCGAGCAAGUGAGCUUCAACAAUCGGAGGUAUCACUGCAGCCAAGUCGUUCCAGAAUCGGCAACGGAGUCUACGCCUGGUGCACCAGUGAAAAAUCAAACGCCGUCUACUUUAGUAGUCUUUUCAUAGGACGGGAAAACUUUUUACGAGCAUUGAAGGAAUAUUUCACCGAUCAAGGGCCUGGACAGCAUUUACGACGCGAAUACCUGCUGUAUGGAAUGGGAGGUGCGGGUAAAUCGCAAAUUGCUUCAAGAUUUACCGAGAAGUGUCGACGAAGAUAUGAGUGUGUGUUUUGGAUGGACGCAAGUAAUAGAAAUACUCUGGAGCAAAGCUACAAGAACAUUGCUUUGAAAAUUGGAACAGUCACAGACCCGAAUUGUUCCUUGGAAGUGGCUCUACGAGAGUUAGAAAAUUACAAAAGCAAUUGGCUUCUCUUGUUUGAUGGAGCCGAUGAUCUCGAGGACAUUUCAGGACUUUGGCCUCCUGGCAUUCACGGUGAUAUACUCUAUACGAGCAGAAACCGAAUGUUAAGGAGACUUGCUGGAUCUCAAAUGCGGUACGUUUCGGAAAUGUAUGAGAAUGAAGCAUCAGAACUUCUUCUCAAAUCCGCGCGUCUCGAUGUGUCAGUGAAGAGCUUCAAGAAACAAGCGUCAGACAUUGUUACCAAUCUCGGAUGUCUUGCCCUUGCAGUUGAUCAAGCAGGAGCGUACAUAGCGAGCGGUGAAUGCUAUAUUGAUGACUUCUUAAGCACCUUCAAUGCACAUCGUCAACAUUUGCUGCAAAAUGAAGCGUACAAAGGGGCUUCAGGGUAUGAUCGAGCGGUCUAUGCUACGUGGGACUUAUCAUACGCUGCAAUUGCCAGACAGGCCGGCUCAGCAGCAAAUGAAGCCUUGCAUCAGGGUCCAAAAGCUGCACUACAGAUCCUACAGAUACUUCCAUUUUUUCACAAUGAAAACAUAAUGGAAGAAAUCUUUAAAGCUGCGGCGGAAAAUCCCGGGGCAGAGUCUGAUGUCGCAUAUGAAGCAGCUGGUCAAUGCCCAUCCGCCUUGUUUCGCCUUCGUUCAGAUGGGACUUGGGAGACCCAAAAUUUUCGUUUAGGUAUUCGGACACUAAUCUCCUUCUCAUUAGUCGGACGAGACGACUUCAGAUGUCAUCUCUUCAUGCACCGUCUAGUCCAUUCGUGGUCCUUGGAUCGUUUAACAGCAAUUGAAAAGAACCGCUUCUGCAAUGAAGCUCGAGAUAUCCUUGCCAAAUCCAUUGCUUGGAGGUUCGCAACAAGUGACUAUGCUUUCCGUCGAAACUUAUUUCCUCAUAUCACCGCUCUCCAGCGUCAGAUGACUUUAUCUUCAAGUUCCACGAAAAGUCACAGAUUAGCAAAUUUUGCACUGGUCUUUUCGGAGGCUGGACGAUGGGAUGAGGCCGAGAAGCUGGAGGUGCAAGUGAUGGAGACGAGUUUGAGAGUGCUGAAAGAAGAGCAUCCAGACACGCUGAGCAGCAUGGCCAACCUGGCAUCAACAUAUCGAAAUCAAGGACGGUGGGAUGAGGCCGAGAAGCUGGAGGUGCAAGUGAUGGAGACGAGUUUGAGAGUGCUGAAAGAAGAGCAUCCAGACACGCUGACCAGCAUGGCCAACCUGGCAUCAACGUACUGGAAUCAAGGACGGUGGGAUGAGGCCGAGAAGCUGCAGGUGCAAGUGAUGGAGACGAGUAAUAAGAGUGCUGAAAGAAGAGCAUCCAGACACGCUGACCAGCAUGGCCAACCUGGCAUCAACAUAUCGAAAUCAAGGACGGUGGGAUAA